CCUUGCGGAAUGGCUCAAGGUUCCUGUCCGAGGAGUUAAAAGGUUUGGAGAAGAAAUGAGGCCUGUAAAGUUGACUACAAAAGUUUUUGGCUACACUCCAGCAAAAAAUGAUUUUCUAUUUGAAAAGCGCCUUCAAAACUACAUUUUCGAUAUCCUCAUGCAAUAUUCGAGAGGGAAAUCUGCUCUGGUUUUCUGUUCUACUAGAAAAGGUGCACAAGAAGCAGCACAUAGACUCUCUCAGACAGUCAUGGCCUUUGGCCGUUCAAAUCCAUUCAUUAAAAACAGAGAACAGCAAGAGAGGCUAAGGGAAGCUUCAUUAUCAUGCAGUGACAAACAAAUGCAAUCUUAUAUUCCUUAUGGUGUUGGUUAUCACAAUGGUGGCCUUUCCAUGAAGGAUCGUAAUCUCAUCGAAAGUCUUUUUCUUAAGGGUGAUAUUCAAAUUUUGUGCACAACGAAUACUCUUGCUCAUGGAAUCAACCUACCGGCACAUACAGUAGUCAUAAAAUCAACACAACACUUCAACAAAGAAAAAGGUCUCUACAUGGAAUAUGACAGAUCUACAAUACAACAG